AUGAGUUACUGCUCCGUGGGAGCCAUCUAUGGUGACAUAGGUACGUCUCCUUUAUAUACGCUCUCUACCAUAUUUAGCGACAACCCAAGUCCUACAAAGAGUGAGGUGUAUGGAGCUGCAUCCUGUAUCUUUUGGCUAUUCACCAUCAUUGUCAUCUUCAAAUACGCGCUGAUUGUCCUUAGCGUAGGACCAAAUAACAAUGAAGGUGGACAAAUUGCCAUAUAUUCCAAGAUCGCAAGAACUUUGAAAUUUGGACCUGAGGGGGUUAAAAUUCCUGGAAGCAAAGAGUAUGCUAGAGAGCUAGCUGAUAGUGAUGAUUUGCUAUCACUCACACGAACAAACACCAAUGUUUCAAGCUUUUCCAAACUCGACAACAAAGCUCCAAACGAGACAGUUAAGAAUAUCCUAUCGAAGUUCACUCUGGGAGUCUGCUUUUUGGGAUGUUCUUUGGUGUUCUCUGAUGGUCUCCUGACACCUACUACCUCUGUCUUGUCUGCUGUUGCAGGUAUUGCAGUUCCAGUACCAUCUUUCUCGGAUAAAGUGAUGCCAGUCUCAUGUGCUAUUCUCAUUGUUUUAUUCAUCUCUCAACGGUUUGGUUCAGGGAAGCUAUCAAUCUUGUUCUCACCAAUUGUCUCCGUUUGGCUCGUGUGUCUCUUCGUUAACGGUGUGAUCUCUGUCCACAAAUACCAUCCGGCUAUUAUGAGAGCACUCAACCCAUACUAUGCUGUGCACUUCCUCAACAAGCAUGGAGUUGAUUCUUUCAGCUCCCUCAUGCUUUGUUUGACCGGAUGCGAGGCAAUGUUUGCUGAUGUUGCACAUUUCGGACCCCUCUCCAUUCAAUUAACACUAACAACCUUUGUCUAUCCAUGCUUGAUCAUGUGCUACUUUGGACAAGCCGCUUAUUUGAUUAAAGAUCCUCAAGCUGUUUCCAACGUUUUCUAUCUCUCGAUCCCAGGACAAACCGGUGGCGGUUAUUACUGGUUCAUGUUUGUUAUGGCAACGUUGGCAACCGUCAUCGCGUCACAAGCUUUGAUUUUGGGAGUGUUCUGUAUCUUAAAACAACUGAUUACGCUGGAUUGUUUCCCACGGAUGAAGACUGUUUGCACAUCAGACAAGCACCCCGGCCAAAUUUUCAUUCCGGUUGCAAAUUGGGUGCUAAUGAUUUGUGUCGUUCUCACAACCGUUGGCUUCAAGAAUAGCAACAAUGUCACUGCUGCUUAUGGACUGGGAAUUUCCAUUGACUUCAUCUUGACUACCACCUUGAUUGCGAUCUGCAUGAUCUAUGUUUACAAGGUCAAUAUCUUUGUGUCGGCUGCGUUUUUCUUAGGAUUCGGAACGCUUGAUGCCCUCCUUAUCAUCUCUGGUAUGAGAAAAGUUCCGCAUGGAGCAUGGUUCCCACUAAUGAUGGCUGUCGUUUCGUUCACUUUCAUUUCUUUCUGGAGAUGGGGAAGAAGUUUGAAAGUGAAUUAUGAUCUCACAUUCAAGAAAUCCGUUGAUGAGCUUUUUGUCAGUACCACUUCUGUGAAAGCCGUCAAGGAGGCAGUGGUCUUCAAUCUGAACAGCAGCACUGACAAGAAGCCAGAUGCUGAUUUGGCUCCUGACAAUGAAUCGAUCACCUCUGUUCCGUCCAUGGGAUCCAGUGAGGAAGUCCCUGAUCCAGGCUUCUUGGAAAUGAAGCACGAAGGUAAUAUUAUCAAAGUUCCAAGAGUCAAUCACGUUGGUAUCAUGUAUUGCACCUCAUCAACGGCACUGACUAACAGAAACUGUCUCCCACAGUUGUUUGAGCAUAUUACUUAUUCAUUCAACUCUGUGCCAAAGAUCUUCAUUUUGAUCGAACCAAGAGUUAGUACACUUCCUAUAGUGGAAGAAGAAAACGCAUUGGGAAUCCAAAAGAUUGAAGGAAUUCCAGGAUUUUACAGGUGUGUGAUCAGAUCCGGAUUCAUGCGUCAGAACUUGUUGACCAAGAGCACAUUGAGACAAUUGCUGCUAUCCAUCCCAGCCAUCGACGAGCUGAGAAGUAUUUACAAUGUGAGUGACGUUCUUGAUGAAAAAAACCAAUUCACCAUUCCAAUUGUUCAUCUUUUUGAAAGGGAGUAUUUGACAUCAAAAACUUUUGAAGCCGAAGAAGAGGAAGAAUCAAGAUUUAAACGGAUUAUUAAAUCACCAUGGAGAAUCGUCAGAAAGAGCUUGAUCAACUAUAUUUUCAGUCCAAUUAACGGUAUUUCCAACAAUAGUACCAUGGACUUCUUGCUGCCUCGGAAAAAAGUUGAACCGAACCAAGAAUUGCUGUAUGUGGGCAAUAUGAUCACUAUUUAA